AUGGCCUGUGGGAUAUAUGCGCCAAACCAAAUUAAAAGCUACAUUAUUUACUACGUAAUUAAAAAGAAUUGUCAAUCAACGGAAUUACCGGUCGAAGAAAGACCGAUGGCCACGCCAAGAAAAAGAGUGGUAGUGGAAGAGGCAAGUUCCAGUGGUUCUUAUAAAAAACAAAAAAAACCCAGCAAGAACCCCAAUAUUAAUGAUGAGGCUGGCUGUUCUGAUUACAAUUCAGAUAAUAACAAUGAUUCCGGGGCUCAUCAAGUCAAUGAUGCCGUCAAAACUAAAAAAGCUCCAGUGGUUCAGGAAAAAAAAAGUCAUCUGCCUGACUUGGAGUUAUUAAAUAAUAACAUCCAGUUUAUGAUUAACGAGAAUAUGUUGAUGCCGAUAAAGAUUCCUGUGGCUCCACAGUUGACGGAUGAAACAAAAAAAUCCGAAAUUAAGGUAUUCGCUCGUGCUGUAAAGGAUUACCAUGAUAAUGGUAUUUCAUUUGGUAAUUGGGGUACUACCACUCAGUACUCUGGAUGCUUUCGUUUUUAUUGCUUUGGCGAAACUUUGAAAAAGGAAUAUCCCGGAUUUCACGCUACGUUUGUGGAACUUUUAAAAAAAUGUGAUUACACCCAAAACAAGAUUGCCCAAAUGAAAGUCGCCGGUAAACGAUUCAACACCCUGUUAUAUUACUUCAAGCACGGUGCGUUUGCAAUUGCCGCGUUAUAUUCGACAAACGCGAUGAGAAAAUUAACGGAUGUUGAAUUUGAUGAAAUAAUUGCUUAUAUCAAGAAGAAUCGACAAUUAUCUGAUCAAUUACGAUCAAUGAUCCUAGACAAGGACAUGCUAGAGCGUGUUGGUGAGUUGGAAUAUCAAGAGUUUAAUCACAAGAAAGCUUUAUAA